AUGAAAGCCCAGCAUCCCAAGAUCAAAACCCAGCUCUUCUCUUGCGGGUUCUUCCGCCAUUGCACCCGGACCGUCCUCAGCCCCACAACCCCUCACCCUCCACCUCUCCCCUUCUCAUCCACCGACUCAUUACCACCUUCACUGUCAUUAGAUUCAUCACCUCCCGCUCCAACACAACCCGACCCGCCAACCCACCAUCAUGCCAAGCCUGAAUCCGAGUCCUCUUCCUCCUCAACUUCCCAAAGCUUCACCCAGUGGAAAUUCGCUCUCCCUGAUUCGCCCAUCCUCCCAUACCCACAACCCGAACCUGACCCGAAACCCGAACCCAAAUCAAAACCACCACCACCCAUCUCUUCCACCAACCUCCAAGAACUCUUCCACGCAGCAGAGCUCCAGCUCAGCGUCGGGUCACACCCGGAGCAGCUGGCGGCUCUCCAACUCUUAGAACGCUCCCUCGUCCCCUACCCACCACCUGACCCGGUUUGCCCACCCGAAUUGAUGCGCGGGUUGGUGCGAAAUUUGAAAAACAAAGCGGGGGCUAAAGCGGCAACGAAAAUUCUGUUAGCCCUCUGCCUGGCGGAGGGCAACCGCCACGUGGCAGUGGAGGCGGGGGCGGCGGCGGCCGUGGUAGAGACGGCGCUGGAGCUGGAGGCUACGUCCGCAGAGCGGGCACUCGCGGCGCUGGAGCUCAUGUGUACUGUGGCGGAGGGUGCCGCGGCGGUGAGGGCCCACGCACUGGCGGUGCCGAUUAUGGUGAUGAUGAUGGGGCGGACAUCGGCGCGGGGGAAGGAGUAUGCUAUCGGCGUGUUGGCGGUGAUUUAUAGCGGUGGGUACGGGGAAGAAGAGGCUGCGGAGGCUGUGGCGGCGGCACCGGCGGAGGAGGUGGCGCGUGCGGUGGAGCUGGCGUUGAAAGGGGAUUGUAGUGGCAGGGGGAGGAGGAAAGGAGCCCAGCUAUUGAAGGCGCUUCAAGAACCCCUUCAAGAGAGGGAGAAUUUAGACCCAAAAUAG